ACUUGGUCGUUUUGCAACAAUGGAGUGCGUUUGUAUCGAACCACUCCUAUACGAGCAGUUUGUAAUUUUUCCGGAUCGGUACGUGGGCUAUAAAAAAAAAUUCCCGUUUGUGGAAGUUCCGCAACAUCUUCAUAUAUAGCUGAAAAUUGCAAGUAUCGAUAAUUUAGCAUUUUUACAGAUUUUUCAACCAGUCUUUCGUUAAUAUCUGUUAUAUCACCAUGUCUAAGAAACCAGUUAAUAUACUUUCAAGAGCUGAUGUUAUCGAUUUAAUAGCUGAGGGGAAAGCUAUUGUCAUAUAUAAAAAGAAUGUUCUUAACUUAACCAAUUGGAUCAGAAAUCAUCCUGGGGGUGAUAAAGCAGUAUAUCAUAUGGUAGGUAGAGAUUCAACUGAUGAAAUGAAUGCUUAUCAUAGUGAUGAAACUAUAAGUAUAUUUUCACGUUGGAAAAUUGGAGAAAUUGAUCAUUAUUGGGAGAAUUUAUUACCUCCAAUUCAAGGUGGAAUUUAUAAGAAGGGUCAAUAUCAACAAGAGGAAGAUGAAAUUUUGGUUGCAAGAACUCAAUCAUUAGAUGAUAAAUUAGAUGAUAUAUCUUCAACUAGUUCAUUAGAAGAAACAGCUUCACCUUCUUUAACAAAUGAAUCUCCUAAUGAAACUGUAGAUGAAUUUCCUACAAAUUAUUCAGCUGGAUAUCCAAAAGUCAAUACUGUAAAACCUGUUGUACCUCAAAAUAUAUUAGUAACUGAAGAAAAUACCAAUAAUUUAUUCCCAAUUGAUGAAAAAGUAACGGAAACAAUUGCAAAAAAAUCUGCUAUUGUAGAUCCAAAAUUAUUAAUGGAAAAUUAUGAUAAUGAAUUAACUCGUCAAGAUAUUUUACAAUUACCUGCUUUAGAUUAUGAUACUCAACAAAAUCUUCGUGAUAAAUAUAAUGAAUUACAUGAAACAAUUAUUCGAAAUGGAUUUUAUACUUGUGAUUUAUGGAAUUAUGGUCGUGAACUCAUUAAGAUUGGUAGUCUUAUGUUAUAUUCAUUUUCAUUUCUUAAAAUAGGUUGGUUAACUUUAAGUGCUAUAUGUAUGGGUCUGGCAUGGCAUCAAAUGACAUUUAUUGCUCAUGAUUCUGGUCAUGUAUCACUUACUCAUAAUUAUCAACUCGAUAAUUUAUUUGGUAUGAUUAUUGCUGAUUGGUUUGGAGGUUUAAGUUUAGGAUGGUGGAAAAGAAAUCAUAAUGUUCAUCAUCUUAUUACAAAUGAUCCAGUUCAUGAUCCAGAUAUUCAACAUUUACCAUUUUUUGCCGUUAGUGUUAGAUUAUUUAAUAAUGUUUAUUCUACUUAUUAUGAUAAUUAUCUUUGGUUUGAUAAAGCUGCUGAAUUUUUUAUCCCCUUUCAAAAAUAUUUAUACUAUCCAAUUUUAUGUUUUGGAAGAUUUAAUCUUUACUUUUUAUCUUGGAGUCAUUUAAUUAGAGGACUUGGUCCAAGACAUGGUAAGGCAGCUUGGUUUAGAUAUUUUGAAUUAGCAGGUUUAUCAUUCUUCUUUUAUUGGUUUUUUUACUUAUUAGUUUUUAAAUCAAUUGAUGGUUGGGGUAAUAGAAUCUUAUAUGUAUUAGUUAGUCAUAUUGCUACUAUGUUAGUUCAUGUUCAAAUUACUUUAAGUCAUUUUGCUAUGUCUACUUCUGAUUUAGGAGUUAGUGAAUCCUUCCCAUCUCGUCAAUUAAGAACUACUAUGGAUGUAGAUUGUCCUGAAUGGCUUGAUUUUUUACAUGGUGGAUUACAAUUCCAAGCAAUUCAUCAUUUAUUUCCAAGAAUUCCUAGACAUAAUUUUAGAAGAGUUCAACCAUUUGUUAUUAAAUUUUGUGAAGAAGUUGGAUUACCUUAUUCUAUUUAUGGUUUUGGAGAAGGUAAUGAAAUUGUUAUUAGUAAAUUAGCUGAUAUUGGUAAACAAUGUACAAUAAUGUUAGAUUGUACUAAAUCAUAUGAUGGUGAUUUAUAUUAGAGGAAAUAUGGUGAUAGUUAUAGUAUUUAUACAUUCAUAUUUAUAUAUAGAAU